GACCUUAGUGCGCGUGUGUAAUACGCGCCGGGGGUGGUUAGUCGAUGGAACGGUGUGCGAACGUGAAAAAUUCCGAUUUCGGCUGUUUUCUUUGAUAUCCGUUGUGUGAACUGUAUCCAAACGGACAAUAACUGUAUUCUUUUUUUUUUUAUCAAACGAUUCCUUGCGAAACAACUAUCGCGAUAGGAGCAAAGCACAAGAGAACCCAUCGUACAACUGCAGCGUACGAUACGCACGCGGUAUCUAAAAAUGGCGAAGGUGUUUCGCACGGUGACAGUAUCGACUUUGUCAAACAAUGGACAGUCAACACCAAAAUAUAACAAGCCGGUUACUCUCAGUAUCAACUAUGAUCCGCAAGGACUCAGUGUCGAGUUUCUCGCAGGUGAUCCAAACGGUAGAGAUAAAACAACAUUGUUGGAGUUCCCAGUGACUCCCAGCACUGAAUGCUCUAGAGUGUCAUCAAGAAGUUAUGUAUUCACAUUAGAAACAGAUAGUAUACUUAUAACUCUUGCCAAUGAAACAGAUUUUCGAAACUUUCAUUCGCAAAUAUUAAAACUUAAGAAUGGCAAAGGUGUGUCUGCAUUUAAUGAAAGAACAGAAGAAUCCUCGGCGAUGCAGUACUUUCAGUUUUAUGGUUACCUCUCGCAACAACAAAACAUGAUGCAGGAUUAUAUUAGAACCAGUACAUACCAGCGUGCAAUUCUUGGAAAUUUAUCAGAUUUCAAAGAUAAAGUAGUGUUGGAUGUAGGAGCUGGUUCAGGAAUAUUGUCGUUCUUCGCGGUUCAAGCGGGCGCGAAGAAAGUGUACGCGGUAGAAGCGAGUAAUAUGGCAAAUCACGCGGAACUGCUUGUUGCUGCGAACAAUUUGUCGGAUAAAAUCAUCGUCAUAGCUGGUAAAAUAGAAGAAAUCGAAUUACCCGAACUAGUAGACUGUAUAGUCAGUGAGCCUAUGGGUUACAUGUUAUACAAUGAAAGAAUGCUUGAAACUUACCUUCAUGCAAAAAAAUGGUUACAACCAGGUGGAAGAAUGUUUCCUUUGCGCGGGGAUCUUCACAUUGCACCGUUCUCUGACGAGAAUCUUUAUAUGGAGCAAUUCAAUAAGGCUAAUUUUUGGUAUCAGACGUGUUUCCAUGGUGUAGAUCUAUCCGCAAUGAGGAACAACGCGAUUAAAGAAUACUUUAGACAACCAAUCGUUGAUACCUUUGAUAUAAGAAUUUGUAUGGCCAAGUCUAUCAGACAUAUAGUAGACUUCCAAACUGCUAAUGAGACUGACUUACAUAGAAUAGAAAUCGAUGUCGAUUUUCAUAUAUUGGAAAGUGGCACGUGUCACGGGCUUGCAUUCUGGUUCGAUGUUGCAUUUAUUGGAUCGACGCAGCAAGUUUGGUUAAGUACGGCUCCCACAGAACCCCUUACGCAUUGGUACCAAGUGCGCUGCCUUCUAGAGAAUCCGUUGUUCUGUAAAAGCGGACAACUACUUUCUGGAAAGGUCAUUCUUAUAGCGAAUAAAAGACAAUCCUAUGAUGUGACAAUAGACUUGAAGCUAGAAGGUACAAACAUGGAAAGCAGUAGUAAUACAUUGGAUUUGAAGAAUCCAUACUUUAGAUAUACAGGUGCAGCUGCACAGCCCCCUCCAGGUUUAAAUAAUACAUCGCCUAGCGAAUCUUACUGGACAACAUUGGAUGCUCAAGGUGCUAGGCAAGCUGUUAACAUGGUCAAUGGAAUGUCUGUUAAUGGUCUGGGUGAAGUUUCCAUGGACGCAACAGCUGUUAAUCCUGGCAAUUUACUCGCAAUUGGAGGCCAGCCAAAUAUUCAUCCCGGUUCGAUUUCGAGCACUGGACGGGGACGGGUGAGCGGCACAGCGACGAGUACACAAGCGGCACAAUUGAUAGGCGGCGGGAUCACUCCAAACAUGUUCACAUCCCCCGCUACGCUUGGUGUUACUUUCCAGCAAUCGCUGGUCCUUGGGAAUACCUCGCAUUAUCCAGUGAAUCCCAGCUUGAUGAUCGGCGAUUACGUGACACCUGGUAACGGCAUAUCCUCCCAAACUUAUCGGCAAUGAUCAAUGGCGAAAUCAUUUUGCGGUGACAAUUCCCAGACGGCGAAACAAUCUAGCGAUCGACGCAACGGUCGCAACACCGACAACAUCUGCAACAGCAAACAGUGCUGCAAGUUGGUGUUUAAUUCUGCAGCAAGCAAGCUACAACUCCCGUUCGCCGUUCAAAGAUUAUACAUGGUCAACGUGAUCAGUCUCAACGUGAACGUUGCCCACACAAACAACACUGCGUACUUCAACGAAAUCAUCGUUGGUUCAAAACUCGGACUCGAAUUUGGAUUUGGAUUUGGAUUUGGAUUUGGACUUGGACUUGGACUUGGACUUGGACUUGGACUUGGACUUGGACUCCGACUUAUACUUGGACUCGGACUUAUGCUUGGACUUGGACUUAGACUUAUACUUGGACUUGGACUUGGACUCGGACUUAGACUUCUACUUGGACUUGGAUUUGAACACGGACUCGAACUUGGACUGGGAGUUGGAGUUGGAUGGUACGCCAGAAAAAACAAGUCGCAAUGGGAGACACAUUGGGGGAAACUGCGAACCGUCCUCUCGUAGUCAUCAUGUCAUUUUUCACAUAGUCGCCCUCUAUUUAAUUGCCCGCUCGAAGAUUCGAUCUUCCAGAUCCAGCGAAGUGUAUGCUUGCCAAACGUAUUCGAAAACAAAUGAUAUUUUUUAACGACAAUACAGCCAUCGUACGUACUAUGUAUCACACCGCGCAACAUCAAUAACUUCGUAAACGUAAAUGCUUGGAUGACGAGGACACGGAUCAGGUACAGGACAGUCACCCCGCCAAUCCAAUCGUUUUAUUCUCCGUUUCUGCGUCACACGAAUCCAGGUGCUCCUCUUACUGCUACUCUUAACAAACAGUUGUCAUAACAGUAAUAUACUUCUCCAGAAUUCUUCUACAUAUCUUAUACAUAUGGUAGUUCGAAUGUUAACGUUCUUAAUCAUCGAGGGUGCGUGCCAUGACUUUCAAUUUUCCAUUCUUGUUCUCUUUAUACAAGAUAGUUUUACGACGUGUGACAAAAGGUUUCACAGAUCAGAGUAUCGUGGCUGUUCCAUACCUUGCCUGUGAUCGAAGCAAUUCAAGAGUAAAUUACGUUACGACCGUUUCUCCUUCUUCUUUGCUUUUUAUUCAAUACGCUUGUAUACUAUCUCGGAAUCGGCUUGGUUGGUUUUCAACCUCGAGCGACAUUUUUACACGACGAUUUUUAGAAUAAUGUACGAUGUUCCCGAACAUGUACAAGGUGUGCCGCGUAAAAAAAUCACGACCGCGCCCUUGUUUUCUCCGAAAUUCAUUCUAUUCGAAAGCGAGGCUCAUUUUACGACUUCUGUAAUUUGAAAUUCUGGACGAUCUCUGGCCUGUCGAACAGCGAAGCGGAAAACUCCGUCGUGCACCAUUCCAUUUAAAUGAAAGGAGAGCAUCCACGAUCGUUCGACACCGUCACGAUUCAAAUACGUUCAUUUCGAGCAUAAUUUCGGAGAAGACGUUCGGCAACGAUCCGGCGCGACACAUCCUGUACAAUUCGAAAAGUGCAAAAAGCAAUAGUUCGUUAAUGUUACGAUUAAUGGAGCACUCUGUGGCAUUGCCUGUUAUAUAUUUAUUCAAUUCGAUUUCCAUGGUGGAUUCAAUUCAACGUAGACUUCGUAUACUAUACAUUAUACAUACUCUAUACAGUAUAUAGUAUAGAAUUUCUACGAGAAUCAUACAACAAAAAAAGUAAUAAUAAAUUCUACGAGAAUUCUGUGUACACCUCUAGUAUAUAAUGUCGAUCUUAAUUUCAUUGAGUUUCUCUGUACUGCUAAUUUUUGCGUUCUCUUUUAAGUAAGUGAUAUUUUUGUUCGUUAUUUAUGGUUUAGAAAGUAGAACGAUUGUACAUAAUCGAUAAUCACGCGAGUCGACUUUUUCAUCGUAUAAUUUUUAGGGUGAGAAUCGACGAGAAAGAGGGGGGGAAAAAAAGGGUACGCGACGCGUCUCGAUAAACUUACGGUAAAUUAAGUUGCAAUUCAUCUCUAGCUGAUUUGUAUUAUUGCAGUGUACAGAUGUGUCAGCGUGACGCGUAUAUAUGAGUUUGUAAACAUUUUCUAUUGCGCAUCGAACUUUCGAUCGGUAUAGAAAUAAUUCUCUACAUCUAAUGUA